AUGACACAAAGUCAAAAUACACCACCGCUAAAAACGACUGGCCAAUCAAAGUCAAGUCUGAAAGGUCGCAUUCCAGCUGCGUUACGAGAUUACUUCCCUUCCGACGGCAUUUACAAAGUAUUAGCAUGCGAUUUUGGUACCGGAAACACAUGCAUAAACCAUGACAACAUUCAGGUCGAGUCGGGGGAGUUCACGAAUUUGGAAAGCAUCAAACCGUCCCACUUUUAUCGCUAUUCCAAUAAUCCAAAUCAGCGACCGGAGCUAACAACAGAAGUCCCAACCAUAUGCGCUCAUAUCCCUGGCGAAACUGAUGAAUCCAAAGCUCAACAUGGAUACGAAGUCGACCCUGUAGGUGAUGAGACUGGUGCAGUGGUUAUAGAUAGGAUCAAGGAAGCAUUGUAUUCUGGACCAGAAGCAGAAGACAAAAAAGAGGCUCUCAGAAAUUUUGCACUCAAGAUUCCUUAUCUUAGGACUCGAUAUAGUGAUACUGAGCUGGCGGCUAACCCGGAAAUCUGGAUGCUAGCUGAUUACAUCCUUUGGCUUGCGCAGCUGGUGACAUCAAACAUCGUUAAAGACGAUCUUAAAGGAGAUCUCAUCUGGGUUUUUACCGUUCCAUCUAAUUGGAACAAGGAUAGCAUCGCAUUGUAUACUUCUGCUCUCGAUGCUUCUCCGGUUCUUGUUGGCAGAUAUUUGCUGCAAUCAGAGAUAGAGAGUGCCAUUGCAGGACUGAUACACCAAUCCCCAGAACAGACAGGAAUGAUGGAUGGCGAUGUUUUCUUUACAUUGGACGUUGGUAAAGGGACAUCUGAUUUCAGCAUCUGUCGUCAGAUGUCUAGUGCUCCGACUCAAGUUGAGGAAAUCAUGCCACCUGCCGCAUUGUUUGCAGGGUCGAGGACUGUUCUACAGCUUUGGGAGUCGCACAUCCGUAACCAAUGUAAGAAAGAGUCAAAAGAUCUCGAUUACUUCGAAUCAGACCUAGCCAUUUUAAAAGCGAGUUUUAUCAGAAGUAUGCAUGCGUACACAGGACAGUCUGGGAAGGAAAUUGAUAGGGCAUAUCGCAUCUGUGGACAAAAGAUCACAGUUACAAGAGAUCAAAUGAAAUCUUGGUUCAAUGAAUGGAUGCAUCUCACUACAACUUUCCUCACAAAACAAUGUGAGAAAUAUCAUGCACGGCCUGAUUGCUCUCCGCCUUCAAAAGUUUUCUUGAUGGGAGGGUCUAGCAAUUCUAUAGUUUUGCAAACAUGCAUAAAACAGUUUCUCAAGAAACCUUUCUUUCGCAACACAAAACUUGUACUAUUGGGAGAUUGCAAUAGUGCGACAAUCGUGGCUUAUGGGGCCGUGAUUCGGGCAGUCACAUCUAUUAUGUCGAUUAGAAAAAGCCAUUACUGGAUAGGCCUUGCGAGGAAGGAAUACUAUGACAAGAAAAAGCACGCCAAUUUGCCUCAAGCAGAUAUUGUGAAUGACUAUAUCAUGAAUGAAAAUGGCAAGAUGAAAAAAGAAAAGCAAGUGAAGACCAUCCAGUGGUGGGCCCAACCAGGGGAAAACUGCAUUGUUGACGGCUCUAUUGACCAGAUGCCCUUUGUUAAGAUGUGGGAAUUUUUUGAUGAAGAGGGAUCUGUGGCAAACCAAGUCACAGAUUACAAAGUACCUAUAAUGGUAUUUAUUUGUCCAAGCCUGAACUCAUCGCAAGUGAUGAAUAACGACGAAGACGAUAUCGCAAAUAGUGGUGCGGGAAAAAGAGGUUGGUCAUAUCAGAGUACAAGGCCUAAAACAGAGGAAACCAACUUCGAAAUCGACUUCAGUCCUAGCAUCCCCAAUCCCUUACUUAUCGCUAGCGAAUUGGUCCCAGUAAAUGGAUUCUACAAUGUUAACUGGGCCAUUUUUGCCGAAACCACAGGCAUUGGGAUUGACUUUUGGUGUGCCGUUGAUUCGAAUGAUCAGGACCUGAACAAUUCCAAUGAUAUUCCAAUAAAUAUGCGAAUGGUAUACCGGGUUUUAUAUACAGAUCUCGUCGGAGUGAUACAGCAAUCUUAUGCUAUUGAUGAUGAUGGGACCGUGGAGCAGAACGACGAAGACAACGAAGCUAUACCAAAAGGAAUGAAAGAGAAAGAGACUGAUAAUGAUAAUGGUAACGACAAACGUAACAUUGAGCAACUCAACUCCGAGCAACUCAACUUCGAGAACGAAGCACUUUUUCCAGGUCUCAUCGCACCACGCCCAACCUCAAAAUUUAUUGCCCUCCAUAAUACAAAGGCAGCAUCGAUAUCAAACAGCAGCAAACGACAGGGACCUGAGCAACUAGAAGGGCAACCCAAAAAUAAAAAGGCUAAAAACUUAACUCUAUCUUCUCAACAUACAAAUGCGAGUGAUGGACCUUUAAUACAACCUCAAGUUGAGGAAAGACCGGUGAUGGAUACACUAGCGCCUACCAUUUUGGAUCCAGAAGUCCAGUCUUCAAGCCCAAAAUCUUUGGAAAAACAACUGGAGAAAUCGCAAUCAGAGAUGUUUGAGGAUGUAGAAGAGGAGGGUAUCCCUAUCAAUCCCGAAAUUCUAUUGAAAAAUAUUUACGAUUCGAGUAAGAUUACAGGAGAGCCAGAUAGGGAGGAUUUUGAAGAUGAGGACGAGUAUAAUGCUGCUAUGUCGGAAUAUAUCGAUCAACUUCAACGCGAGGAAUUAACCAGGCUACAAGCAGGCUGCGACUCUGAAGCAUGUAUGCAUUUCAACGAGCAAAUUUGGAUUCAAGUUUGCCGGUUUAUCCAUCAUAAGCCCACUCUAAAGAAACCAGUAUACUGUGUUAAGGUUCCUGGCGGUUUUGGGCAUCAACUACUACCUUGUCAACUUCAUGGUGUAUGGUAUAGUCUUCGUCAAAUUCAUGGAAUUGCAGGGUCUAUUUUCUUAUGUCACAUUAUGGGUAUUGGAAAAACCACUAUGGCACUCGCGAUCCACUGGAUUCAACACAUCUUCAAUAUGAUGUGGGCUGACAUACGUGCCAAUUCGAAGGCCCAUACUGUACAUGGCGAAUGCCCAGCCAAUAUGCAGAUGUAUAAAACAUAUGGCUUCGAUUGCCCUUGCUCUGCUGACAGUACAAAUCACUGGUUGAAAGAGAGACUAGGUGUUACUGUUGCUCUCGUUCCCCUUGGUCUUUUGAAUGUUUGGAAGGCCGAGCAUACAGAAUGCUUCAAAGGCAUUCCUGAUCAGAUUUUGGUUAAAGCACAUGGUACUUCUAAUGCUAGUGGAGGUGAUCAAUUGAAUGAUAGUACGCAGGAUCUAUUGGAAGGUGAAGAGGUUAUUCAGGAAGAAGUCUACCAAAACGAUGAAGAUGAAUCUUUGCAGGAAUCCGAAAAGCCGAAAAAGCCGUCAAUUUAUACACCACGCCUCCAAAAUGGGCAUGUAUUUGUUAUUACCACACCAGACUCAUUUGCCAGCCAGUUCUUGAAUAAAUUUCAGCAUACAAAGACAUGGUGGUACCAGCCACCAGGUAAAGAAGCUAUCAAUAAAAAAGGGGAACGCUAUAUCACUAAACCCCAGCGACAAAGGCGGAAAACACCAGCUUAUCAGUCAUGUAUUGUUUCUCUUCUAUUCAAAGAUGAAUUCCAGCUUCGAAGGACAGAAUCUAUUAGAGCUAUCCAGGAUGUUCAAAGGCGACAACAUAUCAAGAACGAAGCGAAAUUGUUACAUGAUUGUAGACAUGAAGUUUAUCAUCGAAUCGCGUUAGUAUUGUUAAGUGGUACGCCUUUGAUGACAGGACCAUUGGAUAUUUCUGGUUUUGUCCAAUUGAUGUGUUGCGAGCGCUGGAGGAAGGAUGUAGUUUUGCAAAAUUGGAUGCAUAACGAGUUACAGGAUCUUGGUGAAAGAUGGAAGAAAUGGACUGAUAGCAGGUCUAUCAAUACUCAUGAUAUCUCUCAUGAAAUAACUCAGAGGUUUAGUCCAUUGGUAGAGAAUCUUAUGAUUCGAUGGACUACGAACAGCGAUCUUCUUGGUGAGAAACCUGUUAUUGUACCACGAAACCUCUACUCCGACACCAAAUGCAAUAAUGGACCAUACUGGACUCCUAGGGUUGACUCUCUUGGUCAAGAAGAAUCUAAGAGAUUAGAAAAGAGAGAAAAGUUACGUCGAGCGAGAUAUCAAGUGAGACAUGGCCAUCUCAAAGGAUAUAAGUCAUUAGACAAGGCUAACAUUAACAUCUACUAUCGUUCUCGGUUAUGCGCAUCUUUCCCAAAACUCAUGGACCUUAUCGAUGACGAAGGCGUACCGUUAAAACUGACAGAGGGUGAGUGGGUAGCGAAAAGCACAGGCAAAGACCCAGAAUGGAAACAGGAGACGGAUACCGAUCCGUACUUCACUUAUCUGAAUGAAAUUGUUGCAUCUUCAGGCAAGCUUCGUGAGAUUGAGAAAAAGAUCAACAAAUACAAAUACUUUAGGGAUGCUGAAAAGAAGUUGGCACGACAAAUCUUUUGUUCCUAUUUCUUUGUGGGUGCCUACAUCAUGUAUCUGUGGAUGAUACACAUUCUUAAAAUUGAACCUGUGGAUAUUAUUUUCUUAUACAAGCCUAUGGGUCAAACGAAAAUCAACGCUGCAUUAGCAAGAUUUUAUAUUGAUGUCGAUUCCAAAGUACCAGCCGAGGAUCAGCGAACCGCCAGAUACAUUAUUUCGACUAGUUCAUCCUUUGCCGUAGGGCUGACUCUAGCAUCAGCGAUAUCGGUCGCCUUCUUAGAGCCUGACUACCAUGCAGAUACUGUGGCUCAAGGAUUUCAUCGGCACUGUCGCCAGGGUAACAAAAAUUUGGAUCAUGGUGUAGAGUCCUGGAUGUUUAUGGUUGAGGAUAAUAAGGUGGAGGCGAGGAUAUUCGAUGUUAACAAUCUACGCAAACAAAUUAUCAGCGCAGCGGAACGUAAGGUCGAUGAUAUUGCGAAGAAAGAUCAGCAGAAAGACCUCAAAUUCUCUACUACCGAAAAUGGUACCAAUUCUACUGCUUCGACUGCUGUUCAAACAUAG